ACACUGCAGUCUGUGUGUGUUCACCACAUUCAGCUUGUCUGGCCUUAACCGCCAUAUGAAGAAACACUCCCAUGAAAAGCCACAUCAGUGCCACAUCUGUCUUAAAGCUUUCCGUACACUUUCUCUGUUGCGCAACCAUGUGAACACUCAUACAGGGACCAAGCCACACAAGUGUACUGAAUGUGAUAUGUCCUUUGUGACGGUUGGAGAACUUUCCCGGCACAAGCGAUAUAAACAUACUCUGGAGAAGCCCUUUAAAUGCUCCAUCUGUAACUACUGUAGUGUGGAGGCCAGCAAAUUGAAGCGCCACAUUCGCUCACAUACAGGAGAGCGCCCUUACAGUUGCACGCUGUGCACCUAUGCUAGUAGGGACACUUACAAAUUGAAAAGACAUAUGGUGACUCACUCAGGUGAGAAACCCUUUGAAUGUGUGAUUUGUAAAGCCAGGUUCACACAGGCUGGAACUUUGAAGUUCCAUGUUUUGCACAAACAUGGGAAAAACGUACCAAAAUACCAGUGUCCACACUGUGCCACAUCUGUUGCCCGGAAAGGCGAUUUAAGUAUCCACCUGCGAAACUUGCAUUCUUACAUUGAGGUGCCGGUCAAGUGCAAUUACUGUGAAAGUGCUUUCCAUGAGCGCUACGCUCUGCAACAACACAAGAAGAUACAUAGAAAUGAAAAGAGAUUUGUGUGCGAUCAGUGCAGCUAUGCGUGCAAACAGGAACGCCACAUGGUUGUGCACAAGCGGACACAUACCGGUGAGAAACCCUUCGUUUGCCUCUCUUGCAACAAGACCUUCCGGCAGAAACAGCUCUUAACCAUUCACUUCAAGAAAUGCCACGACUCCAGCUUUGAGCCAAAGGUCUAUGCAUGUCCCAAGUGUGGCAAGGGCUAUUCACGUUGGAAUAACAUGCGCAAGCACGCUGAAAAGUGCGGAGAGGCAGGAGCCGUUCAAAGCUCUCUGUCCUGCAAAGCAAGCAAGAGGAAGAAGAGGGAAAAGGGAAGUCAUCCUGUGGCCAAACAAGAAGAGGCUGUUUGUGUAAACACUCCAUUCCGCACCUCGUACAGUGUUUCUAUCGGAGCAUGGAAGGAGAAAGAAACUGCUCUGGAUGACAAUAAAGGAGGAAUUACUUGUGAGAUGAUCUUCAAUUUGAUGGACAAGUAGUGUUGUUGUCCCUUCUUCUUUCUUGCAAAGUAAUGACCUCAGCUCUAGGAGAGCAUUAAAACCCAGAUGGAGGUCUGUGGUGUCUUCUCGUAAUGAUGUUACUCGCAGGCUAAAGCUUGCUCACUGCCUUGCCUUUUGGCCUUGUCUUGAUAGUGCUGUGUAGAGGGAGGACUCUUAACAUGAAGUUAAAUGUUUGGAAUCCUUUCCAGUGCUGACUGUUUCCGUUGUUUUCAGUCCAAGAGUUUUAGUUAACCAGAGUUGGGGUUAAGCUCUGAUUUGAAUUUAUUCUUCGGUGGGGAUGUUGGAGACCGUCUUGGAAAGUGUGACUGAGAACAUUUGUUAUUCAGAGCGCUGGAAAUUAAAUGGGAGAGAGAUUGUUGCCUGCUAUGUAUUCAUUCAUCCUACUUCUAAAUCGCUUUGCCGAAAAUAUAGAGAAUAUGACUAUAAGUGACCUUACCCUCAUUGUUCUACUGUCACCUGCAAUGGUUUGGGAGGAUUCCCCAUUGCUUUUCAAGGCAGAUUCAUCUCCAGGUCAGGUUUGGAUGUUAGCGUAGGAUCAGGGAUCUUUAAAUUUUUGCUCCCAGCUGCAACCCAAGCUCCUGCAAUUUGUAUGGCAAAACAGAUCCCAUUGAACUGAAUGGAAAUUUUGAUUGAAAUGUUUGCUGGCAUGAGCUCCAGUCUUGAUCAAGACAACAGUAUGGAUAAUGGGUUAAAAUCCUUCUACCGUCAACAUAAGGGUUCCAUGGGCGUUCAAAGGGAAGGCCAAAUGUGUGUGCCAUUUUAGCAUUGUCAUAGUUUGCUAGAGAUACCAUUGAAAGUCCAGAUUAAAUUCUCCAUAGUUAAACAGUUUGUAGGGUGGGCAAAUUAGUACAAUUAAGGUAUAUGCACUUGUGCUCUUCAUGCUACAAAAAUAUGUUAUUUGCCCAGAGACACCAAGAGAUACUAAACAAAAUGUGUAGACGCUAGAGAAAACAAUGGCUCUAUUGUACCAGAUUUGACUACAUAUGUGUGUGCUUUGGGUGUGUAUCUGUUACCUCCCUCCGUGUUGUGCUACUUAACUAGAAACAGCCCAGUAGAGGGGAAUAUCCAUUUAACCUAAGCCUGAAGUACAAUCCUGGCUACU